UCUCUCUCUCUCUCUCUCUCUCUCUCUCUCUCUCUCUCUCUCUCUCUCCCUCCACAGGAGAGAUUCUCCUCCUCCGCGAUGUCGGGAUUAGGAGCAGUGAAUAGCGGCGCUUUAACAUUCACAUGCACUCUCAUACACACACACUGAGUGCUGAGGAUGGAAACUGUGUGUGAGUAAAUCAGAGAGCAGCACACACACGCACACACACACAAACACGCGCGCACACACACACUUACACAUUUAAACCGCGGCGAGCUCUGCAAAACAGUCUGGAUGCUAAAGGCGAGGCCUCGGCUGAAGAGGCUAACACACUGCUUGUAGCAUAAUUAGCCUAGCUUACAUACUCCUGGAGUCGUUGUUGGAUUUCAGCAUAUCACUUCUUGCCGCCUCUCACUGUGGAGUCAUUCCAGGAUUCUAUCCCACUUUCUCUGUGACUGCUGACUGCUUAUCUCUCCACUGCCCCUUCCCUGCGCCACUGGCCCUUCACUUGGGCCAGAACCAUGUGAAGCUUUUCUUAUGCAGCUCCUGAGUGGACUGUAAGACUAUUUAACACCAAAUAUCCUACACUAAAGGCCACAGCCCUUAACUUUAACCCCUCACCUUCGAGAGGACUCCGAUAGGGUUCGCCAUGAUGUUCCGGGACCAGGUGGGGAUUUUGACGGACUGGUUUAAGGGCUGGAACGAAUGCGAGCAGACAGUGGCGCUGUUGUCAUUGCUCAAAAGGGUUUCAAGGACCCAAGCACGAUUCCUCCACAUCUGUUUGGAGCACUGGCUGGCCGACUGCACUGAGAUACACUUACUGGAGGCCGAGGCCAACAAUGCAGCCAUAGUGAGCCAGUGGCAGCAGGAGCCCAAAGAGAAGGUUGUGUCACUGCUGCUUUCGCAUCUACCCCUGCUGCAGCCACGGAACAGCGAGGCCAAGUGUGAAUACAUGAAGCUGCUACAGCAGGUGCUGAGCCACACCAUUGAGAGCAGCAUUUUUGUGGAGGAGAGCCGCCAACUGCUCUCCUAUGCCCUCAUCCACCCAGCCACCACGCUUGAUGAUCGCACCAACCUCGCACUGUGGCUUAACCACCUUGAGGAACACCUGUCCGCUCGACCGCCUCCUGGACCGUACCACCAUCAUCACGGCCGACAGGGCUCAGACGAAUGGACGGGUCCGACCGACUCCCUGGAGGUGGCACAUGCCUGGCAUGAUAAAUCACCGUCAACAUGUAGCUCGCCUGCCGGCCAGAACGGGCACAUGGCUUUUCCUGGUGUUGGUGGAGUGCCCUCCCCAAUGAACAGCAAUAGCACAGGUCUUUCUGGUCAGGUACAGCAGAGCUCAGUGACACGGUCGAUGUCUCUUGUUCCUGCCAACCAACCGGGUUGUAGCUCUGAUUGGCUGGGCCAGGACGAAAUGGGUGGGCGCCAGGGAGCCACAGGGGCGGAGCACGCACCACUGUCUCCACAGGGCAGCGUAGCUUCCUCAGGCAGUGAGCAAACAGAGGAUCAAACCAAUACACGGAACACGUUCCAGGAGGACGGCAGUGGCAUGAAGGACGUGCCAACGUGGUUAAAGAGUCUCCGUCUGCACAAGUAUGCAUCCCUUUUCUCCCAGAUGAGUUAUGAGGAGAUGAUGGUUCUAACCGAACAGCACCUUGAGUCACAGAACGUGACCAAAGGAGCUCGGCACAAGAUAGCACUGAGCAUUCAGAAGCUGAGGGAGCGACAGUGUGUCCUCAAGUCUCUCGAAAAGGAUAUCCUUGAAGGUGGGAACGUCCGGAAUGCCCUGCAGGAACUUCAGCAGAUCAUCAUCACACCCAUCAAAGCCUACAACUCGCUCACUGCUACCCAGAGAGAGGUGGAGCCUGGAGCCACACCUACUGAAAAAACCGCCAAUCCUGUGGAAGAGAAGGACGCAGCUGUAGAGGGUUUUCAGAGCCACAAUCCUCCACCCUGCGACGGGGAGCCUUCGUCCACGCCCAUUUCAGAAGGAGACAUUCCUGGGCAGUUUACGCGUGUGAUGGGGAAAGUGUGUACGCAACUGUUGGUAUCACGGCCAGAUGAGGAGAACAUUAGCUGCUACCUGCAGCUCAUCGAGAAGUGUUCAACCCAUGAGGCGUUCACGGAAACGCAGAAGAAGCGCUUGGCAUCUUGGAAGCAGCAGGUGCUGAAGCUGCUCCGCCUUUUCCCACGGAAAGCCAUGCUGGACAUGCCCGUGUACCGACAGAAAGGGUGGGCGUAUGGUUCAAACUCUUUGCCCACAGCAGGCUCUGUGGGUGGAGGUGUGUCUCGUCGAGGUCAGAGACAGUUCCCCCUGCCCCCUCGUGGAGCGCCGCUUCCCAGUCGCAUGGGGAUCAUCACACACUCUCCACGUCACACGCUUGCUAACCAGCCAGCUGUCAGCACACAGGGCAGACAGAAUCUGUGGUUUGGGAAUCCUGGGGGGAGUAACAGUAUGCCGAGUCAGAGCCGGAGCUCCGUGCAGAGAACACACUCUCUCCCUGUACACACAUCUCCACAAACCAUGCUCCUGUUUCAGCAACCAGAAUGCCCCGUUCCAGGGACUGACCUGGAGAUCAAUCCCACGCUGGAGUCACUGUGCCUCAGUAUGACUGAACACGCCUUAGGAGAUGGCAUGGACAGAACAUCAACAAUAUAAAAAUAAAAGCAACGUUUAAAAAAAAAAAAGAGGAAAUUUUGCAAUCUCACCCUUCUCUUCACGCAUGUGCGGCCUGGAACGCGCAAUCUACGCUUAAAAAAAAAAAGAAAAAAAGAUAAAAAUUCACUACAAAAGAAACGGUGAGAAAAUGAACUGUGUACAUGUGCGCUUGAUAUUUUUCUACUUUAUUAUUCUAAGUUUAUUAUAAAAGGAAUUCAGAUGACUAUUAUAUGAGAGGCGGUGACCCGUGUGCCGGACCGCUCGGCAUCCCGGAGGAAGGGACGAGAAGAGAAACGUCGCUGUCCAAGUCUCAGAUGGCCUCCUCAAGUCCGAACGAACUGUGUGCUUAUAUCGAGUGAAAGCUGGACGGGCCGGUGAAGUGAGCUCGGCUUUGCGGGGUUCAGCGGAGAGCGAAUGUUUUGGUGCUGAUAUUAAGGGCUCUUGGUCUGUUCUGUCAUUCAUUUAGCAGUUGUAAUCAAACACACACACAUACACACACACAGUUCGUUAACCGUCCUGUGUCUUAUAGCUGCAUUUGCAAGGACUUUUUAGUAUCUCUCAGAAAAACUGCAGUAUUCUUUGAAAUGAAAACCGGUGUGAAUGAACAACAGCAACAACAAAAAGACCAUAUGUUGACACGUGCACACGUCAGCCAUCAGGAGGUUGUCUUAGUGAGUCUUCUUUUGUGACGAAGACAAAGUCCUAACGGUCCUUGUGAACGCGGCCUUAGACGUCACGGUAAACGGGGAUCAACAUUCCCAUCUUUUUAACUAAUCACUGCUGUGUGAUGUCAUCGUCGUGCGCCUCUGGCUCCCCCUGAUGAAGCAGGUUGACUUUCAGGCUCUAUAUUUGAACCUUGAUCUCUAGUGUUUUUGCUGCAGCCCGACUUUAAAACCCACAAAUUUAUUUUUUCCUUCCAAAAUUAACGCAAAAAUUAUUGAUUGGUUGCAAAUACUGAGCUGUAACUAUGAAUGCAAAGUACUUACAAACUACUAAACCUGACCACGUGGUGGAUUUCUUGUAAAUAUAUUCAAUGUUUCAAUAUUUAUCUAUCAAUGUUUAGCUUUAUUAAUGACAUGAGACGAGAACAACACAGCAGCCCGCUUACUGCUUGGUCAUUUUUUUGUGUGAGGAGACAGUGGCGCACAUUGAUGACAUCAGAGACUGGUUUAAAGAUCUGUUUGUUGAAAUCGUGUUCUCACACACACACACACACGCUGGCACACUCUUCGUACUGACACGCUGCAUGACAAGCUUCUGGGCACUUUGUGAAUUCUGUUGGCAGGAUUUUUUUUUUUUAAUUAUUAAGAGCGACACAAACUUUGUGCAUCAUUAAUAGUUUGCUGUUGGCUUUUUUUUUGUAUUAGUAAUUACUGUUGUUGUGUGAAGACUAACUUACGGGGACGGAGAACUAUUUCAGCGACGUGGUUUCGGUUCCGGAGCACGACGAGUCACAAACUUUUGACAUUCCGUAUUUAACCGUCUGAAAGUUCCAGGAAGUGAGUCAUUCAGUACAAAA